GAGAGAGAAAGAGAGAUGAAGAGAGAGAGGCAGAGAGAGAAAGAGAGCGACAGAGAGAGGGGAGAGAGAGAGAGAGAGAGAGAGAGAGAAGGGCAGAGAGAGAGAGAGAGAGAGAGAGUCCGUUAAUUUCUGUUAAUAUAUGAAAGAGGUUUAAGGAUUGCAACAAUGGUGUCUGACCAGCAAAUAGCCGAAGCUUUGGACUCUCUCCUGCGCGAUUCAAACCCUAACUCCUUCACAUCCCUAAACGGCGUCGUCCAGCAGCUCGAGUCCAAACUAGGGCUAGACCUCUCCAACAAGGUCGACUUCAUCCGGACCCAGAUCCACCUCCUCUUCCGAUCCCAACCACCGCCGCCGCAACCGCAACCGCAACAACCGCCGCAGCACCACCAGCACAGACCCCCAAAAGACCAUUUUGCCCCCCACCAGACCCCCAAUUUCCCACCUAGUCCCUCCCACCUUCCACCUAGUUUCGCCGUCCACCCGCCGCCGCCGGCGGUUCUGAAACCCGAUCCUGCCGCUCAAAAUGUGGCGAUUGCCACCCCUGAGGCGCCGAAGCAGAGUGCUCAAGGUGGAACAAAAAGAAAAGGUGGACCAGGAGGUCUAAACAAACUUUGUGGUGUUUCCCCUGCACUUCAGGCCAUUGUUGGCCAGCCAGCACUCCCAAGGACUGAGAUUGUUAAGCAGCUGUGGGCAUACAUAAGGAAGAACAAUCUCCAAGAUCCAAGUAACAAAAGGAAGAUAAUUUGCAAUGAUGAGCUGCGCUUGGUUUUUGAGACGGACUGUACUGACAUGUUCAAGAUGAAUAAGUUGCUUGCUAAGCAUAUUAUUCCACUUGAACCUUCAAGUAUGUGCCUGUGGUAUAAGUGCCAGACACCCCCAGCGCCCCCCUCCCCCCUUUUCUGCUUUGGUGAUUUUGCUGUUUCAUACAAAGUGCUAAUUAUUGAGAUGCUUGCAGAACAGUCAGGUCAACAAUCGAAGAAAAUAAAGGUCGAUGUGGAUCCAGCAACCAAAAGUACUGAAUCUGGUCCUGUGAUAAUAUCUGAAGCACUUGCAAAAUUUGUUGGCACUGGUGGAAGGGAGAUGCUUGAAUCAGAGGCUGUAAGACGAAUUUGGGAAUACAUAAAAGUCAACCAUCUAGAGGUAAUCAAAUUCAGAAGUCCAUGAUUUUUCUUUAGUUUGUAAUUGAACUUGAUUCUUUGAAGGCAUAUUUCCUAUUAGUAAUAGAAGAACAUUUUUCAUCUAAUGUCAUUGCUAGUUUUAAUGUGGGGAAGUUUUGAAAAACCACCUCUCGAGACUUUGCUUAGUGGGAGCAUAACUGGAUAGUUGCCUUUGCCAUUUUUUUUAAAAUAUUUUUUUUUUGUUUUUUAAAUGAUUCAAUUAGUAUUUUCUGUUGAAGGUUACUUGUCCAUUAUCCCAAAAAAUGAAGAAAUAUUCGUUGAAGCAUCAAUUAAUCUCCUUUUAUAUUGUUAUAUGCAAUUGUCCAAUUAUUUAUUAUUAUCUAUGUUGGUCUUUCUUCUGUUCAUAAUCGGUUUUCAGUGAUUGGCCUUGAGGGUGUCAUUCUUUGAUAUGCCUUGCUGUUAUUAUCAAUUUUGUCACUGAGUGGAUUUUUUUUUUGUUUCUUCUUUCUAAGACUUGUUCUCCUUUUGAUCAUGUUUUUUUCUUUAUUAGUAAAUUCCUUUUGUCAUAAAAAGUUUUUUUUUUUUGUGGGAGAGGGGUGGGUGGGGACCAUUUCUACUACCAGCAAUGUUGCUUGUAGUAUUUUGAUUCUUAUAUUUUGUGCUAAAGUGAUUUAUUUUAACUCUUUAAAACACACCCACAUAACCAUUAGAAUUACGGGCCAUUAGGGAUUUUAUAAUGUUAAUUAUUUGGGGGAUGAGGAAAAACUGAUAGAUGAGAUCGUUGUGAUUAUAAUAAGCAUAAGGCCUAUGGUUAUCCAAGAACCUGAACUUUCUAAUAUGUUUAUGUGAGAACUUUGGCAAAUUGAAGAAUACAUGAAAAUGGGUUCUUUUGAAUACAAUUUUUUCUGAUUUAAGAUAUUUGAAUACUAAAAAUUGCAAGCAGGCAUCCAAUUUUCUCAGAUGUCAAGGUUGAAUUGAUAUUACAUUAUAAAUGGUGCUGUUCACUUGGAGAAUUGUUGUGAAGUGCUUCCACUAUAGGAGGACCAAUUGUAUCAUCAUGUUCUCUAUCAUGUUUUUUUUUUUCUUUAUUGUUUCUCUUUCUUCCUUGUCAAUUGUUUCAUUGGUUGCAAUUCAUAAUGCAUAAGCCAGCUCUCUACAAAAGAACCCCCACAAAGACAAGAAAGAAAGCCUCAUUCCCACUUGACAUGAUGUAAUUUUAGUUGUUGACUAAAAUAAUGGUCCUUUGUGAUACCCUCGUGUAAGUUAGGGCUUUUGCUUUUAUUGGCAGCUUGGAUUGUUUAUCAAAUUGAUGCAUGACCGAUUAGCAACAGAGAAAGUAAUGGAAAACAAAA